AGAGAGAGCAAAUGAGUGGCACUGACAUACUAACUCGCUCACUCUCUCUUCUCUGUGUGGUGACUCAUGGAAGAAGGGUUGGUGAUGUUAAUGUUGAUGCUAUGUUUGCUUCCUUCGAGUUUUAGCAGCUCUUCUUCUUCCCCUCAAAACAGAGAAGGUCUGGCGCUGUUAAUGUUGAAGAACAGAGUGGUGAGAGACCCUUUUGGAGCUCUAUCCAACUGGAAUGGCGAAGACGUCCACAUUGAUCCCUGUUCAUGGUUUGGAGUGGAAUGCUCUGUCCAAGGCAAAGUCGUUUCCUUGAAUUUGAAGGACCUUUGUCUUAAAGGAACUCUAGCCCCUGAAAUUGGGAAGCUGGCUCACAUAAAAUCUAUCAUUUUGCGCAACAAUUCUUUUUCUGGUGAGAUUCCUGAAGAGAUAUCUCAACUGGAGGAACUGGAAGUUCUUGACUUGGCAUAUAACAAUUUCAAAGGAUCAUUCCCAUCUGACCCUGGCAGCAAUCCCUCCCUCACGACCCUGCACACAGGCCAACAAAAUGGGGAUGUGCCAUACAAGAGGAAACUUCUUCAUAGAUUAAAAGCAAGAAGACAAAGAGAUGAUAACAAAGAGUCUGCUUCACCGUCAUCCUCACCUUUCCCCUCUUCAUUACCACCAGAUUCUGAGCCUUUCCCGCCAUCAGAACCACCCUUAAAUCCACUAUCUGCAUUAACUCCAUCACCAUAUUUACUCUCGCCUUUAAGGUCCCCAGAAGUUUCCCCUUCACAAUCUCCAUCCUUUAUUUUUCUCACGCCUUCAUUUUCACCAGUGGCGACACCAGCCAUGGGAAUAUCACUACCAGCAAAUUCACCUACAGUUGUGUCCUCUCCACCACUGUCCAAUUGGAUUUCAGCGCCUACCCCUGCUUCAUUUAGGGACCAAGGGAACACAAAAAGUUUCAAGCCCCAGAAAUCUUUGAUCAUUUGGUCAACAGCUGGGGGUGUAUCCUUACUUGUUGUUGUGUCAGCCAUUGCUUUCGCUUGCUUCCGAACUAGCAGGGUUGUAACUGUGAAACCUUGGUCAACAGGAUUAAGUGGGCAGCUACAGAAAGCUUUUGUAACAGGUGUGCCAAAUCUCAGACGAGCAGAGAUUGAAGCAGCUUGUGAAGGUUUUAGCAACAUUAUUGGUUCUAUUCCAGAGGGGACUGUUUAUAAGGGCACUCUUUCCAGUGGAGUUGAGAUAGCUGUAGUAACUACUGCAGUGACCUCAUCUAAAAAUUGGCCUAAAACAAUGGAAGCUCAAUUUAGAAGAAAGAUAGAGACCUUAUCCAAAGUAAACCACAAGAACUUUGUGAAUCUUAUUGGGUAUUGUGAAGAGAAGAAGCCAUUCACGAGAAUGAUGGUCUUUGAGUAUGCUCCAAAUGGAACCCUCUAUGAACAUCUACAGAUAAGAGAAGCAGAGCAGCUAGACUGGGGAAUGAGAAUGAGGAUAGCUAUGGGAGUAGCUUAUUGUCUAGAGCAUAUGCAUCAGCUGGAACCACCCAUUGCCGUCAAAAACCUGCAAUCUUCAUCUAUAUACCUCACUGAAGAUAAUGCUGCUCAAGUAUCAGAUCUUAUUUUCUGGAAUGACAUUGCCGCUGCUACAAAGAAAGGUUUCGCAGCCACAGAGCCCUUGGAAACACCAUCAGCACGUAGAAAGGAAAAUGUAUAUAGCUUUGGUAUUAUACUGUAUGAGUUGAUCACCGGAAGAAUUCCCCAUCUCGUGGAAAUUGGCUUUCCCUCACAGUAUCUAACAAUGGGCCAAUCCUUGAGAGAAAUGGUGGAUCCAACUCUGAACUCUGUGCAAGCAGAAGAGGUUGAGAAAUGGUGGGGAGUGAUAAAAGAAUGUUUGCAUUCAAAUCCAGAGAAAAGGCCAACUAUGAGACAGGUCGCCUCUGAGUUGAAGGAAAUAACAAGAAUGGGACCUGAUGGAGCAACUCCAAAAUCUUCCCCUCUUUGGUGGGCAGAACUCGAAAUUAUGUCCACGGAUUCUGCCCAAAAUUAUCCAUGAACAAGGGGAAAGAAAAAGCUGGGGUGAUAAUGUGAGGCGCUGAGUUUGGAGUUACAUGAAUUGUGCUGUUAAUUCUUCUAUUCAAGCUAACAGAGGUAGCAUUUCGGAACAGAGAGUGCUUUUUAAUUUUUUUUCUUCUACGGGAAUUUUAGUGUGAAUUUGACAAAAAUGGCCUCAUUACAUAUAUUUCUAUAUCUAACUAGGGUCGGAUAUAAGGGUCAUAAGAAAUUCGUGAAAUGAGCAAUAUUAAAAGCAAUUUAUAAAUA